GACCACAACUGGACCACUUCUCUCAAAAAAAAACCAAACACACUAUAAAAGCCCCCUCUCUGCUCAUCUUGCUCAACCUCCACCACCGUCCUCCGCCACACACCCGUCGCACGAACAAAGAACCAACGUCACCAUCAUCAUCACAAAUGGGGAAAGGAGGCACCCUCAGCGACAGCGUGAUCAAAAAGAUCAUACUCUCCUACAGCUACGUAGCGAUAUGGAUCUUCCUAAGCUUCACAGUCAUCGUCUACAACAAAUACAUCCUCGACAAGAAGCUCUACAACUGGCCUUACCCGAUCACCCUCACCAUGAUCCACAUGUCCUUCUGCUCCACCCUAGCGGUCCUCCUCAUCAAAGUCUUCAAACUCGUCGAGCCGGUGUCAAUGUCUCGCCAGACUUACCUCAGAUCCGUCGUCCCCAUCGGAGCGCUGUACUCUCUCUCCUUAUGGUUAUCCAACUCCGCAUACAUCUACCUCUCCGUAUCAUUCAUACAGAUGCUCAAAGCUCUGAUGCCCGUCGCGGUCUACUCCAUUGGCGUCUUCCUCAAGAAAGAAUCGUUCAAGUCCGAUACCAUGACGAACAUGAUAUCCAUCUCCUUCGGCGUCGCGAUCGCAGCUUACGGCGAAGCGAGAUUCGACGUCUUCGGUGUGAUGCUCCAGCUCGGAGCUGUUGCUUUCGAAGCGACACGUUUGGUUUUGAUUCAGAUCUUGUUAACUUCCAAAGGCAUCAACCUUAACCCCAUAACGUCUCUUUACUACGUGGCUCCUUGCUGCUUAGCGUUCUUGUUUAUCCCCUGGAUCUACGUGGAGCUCCCUGUUCUUAGAGACACGUCUAGCUUCCACUUCGAUUACGUCGUCUUCGGGACGAACUCGUUGUGUGCGUUUGCUUUGAACCUAGCUGUGUUUCUUCUAGUGGGGAAGACUUCGGCGUUGACUAUGAAUGUUGCUGGCGUGGUUAAAGAUUGGCUGUUGAUCGCUUUCUCGUGGUCUGUGAUUAAGGAUACUGUGACUCCUGUUAACCUUUUCGGGUACGGGGUAGCGUUUUUGGGAGUUGCGUAUUAUAAUCACGCGAAGUUGCAGGCGUUGAAGGCCAGAGAGGCUCAGAAGAAGGUUCAGCAAGGGGAUGAAGAGAGUGGGAGGUUGUUGGAAGAGAGGGAAGGUGGUGAUGGUGAUGGUAAGAAGAAUGAGUCUGAUAACUAAAUUUUGUUUUGAGAAGCCAGAACACAUAAUUAAUAAGACCAUGGAAGUGAAGUAUGAUUAUGAUUUGCUCAUAGGUAGCGAUGUCAGAAUCUCAUAUUGCUUUCCUCUUUGUUUUAAAGCUUUUUUUUUUUAAAUCUCCUUUUGGCUUUGUUUUCUUCAAGUAACAAGCAACAUACCAGUACAAACAAACAAGUGUUACUUAUUAAUAUUAGUGUAUUGCCAUUCGUUUCA